UGGCAGCGGCGGCAAACGCACCCAUCGUUCCCCUUUUAUGCCCCGGGUUGCCCAACGCCGUCCGUGCUUCUCCUCUCCUCUGCUCUGUUCCGCCAACACAAGAUGACGAUGGGCUCCGGCGCCUCCGCCAGCAGCGUCUGCCCCGCAACUUCCGGCUGCUGGAGGAGCUGGAGCGCGGCGAGAAGGGCGUCGGCGACGGCACCGUCAGCUACGGCAUGGACGACGGCGACGACAUCUUCAUGCGCUCGUGGACGGGAACCAUCAUAGGCCCGCUCAACUCGGUGCACGAGGGUCGCAUCUACCAGCUGAAGCUGCUGUGCGACAAGGACUACCCCGACAAGCCGCCCACGGUGCGGUUCCACUCGAGGAUCAACCUCACCUGCGUCGACCCGGACACCGGCCUGGUGGAAGGCAGCAAGCUGGCGGUGCUGUCCGACUGGCAGCGGGAGUACACGAUGGAGCACAUCCUGACGCAGCUCAAGAAGGAGAUGGCCGCGCCGCACAACCGCAAGCUGCUCCAGCCACCGGAAGGGACCUUCUUCUUCCUCGCCCAUGAUGACCAGGGAAAUUAGCAGCUGUGGCCUUCCCCUACAUAUAUAUAUGCAUUCUGCUGUGUGGUGCCAUCCUUCCAUUCCAUUUGGUGCGCUGCCUGGUAUGGUAUGGGUUUGUUGGGUUGAGUUUGGUGGUGAGGACGUUCCGUCCUGUAGGCGCAUGUACGUCCAGGAGGUUUCGUUCAGGAAUUCUGCACGCGCUGCUGGCUGGCCGGCCGGCCUAUUGAUUGCAA